AUCCUUUCUCCAGAGAUCCACGUAUUCCUUUUUUAUGAGCCAUUCAUCCAUAGCUAAUGUAAACCACAUAUUUCCAAAUGAAAAUCAGAAUUUGAUUCAGAAAAUUAGAGAAAGAAAGAUCGAGAGAGAGCGAGACACAGAGGGAGAAAGGGGGAAAACAAAAACAGAAAGGGUCAAAGGGAGGGAAGAAGAUCAGAGCUCACGGAAGGAAGAAGGCUUCGAUAUCACUAUCCUCGUGCACCCGUCGCUGCUACUAUUAUCAAUCGAAGCUAUUGCGCGUAGAGAGAAGAAAAGAGCGACGAACAGGGAGACGCGUAGCUGCUGUUGACAUUUACUGGAGUUGUCGCGCGUAGAAGAGAGGCUACCGCCGAUUCCGCCAAGGAUCAUCGUCGCCGCCGCUACCAUUAAUGAAGUCGGCGCCAUCGAAGGGGCCACUGGUGGGAGGAACCCUAACUGUCAUCGUUACCAUCGAACAGGACAGGAAGGGUAGGAGUGACGUGAUGAGAGAAGAGAUUCGUUCUGCCACUGAUGCACUUGCUAGUGUUGUUGAGGGAGUCCGCCGUCCGAGAAGCAUCAUCCGCGUUGUUGCUGUGAACUAUUUCAGCCCUGCCCUGGAAAAAUUCCAAAAAUGUUUUUGUUUCCAUCUAGCCACUGUUAUCGCGAUUGUUGAUGACAUCGCUGCUGCAGAGGGUCAUCGGCGUUACUGUUGCGGUUGCUGCCACAAAUUAGGAAUAAAAGGAACUAUUGCGUUAAAUUCUGCAAUUGCGACAUCGAGGUAUUUUCUGGCUGAAAUUGAGGGACCUGAGCAAAAAUCUGAUUCAGAGACGGAAAAGGACUGCAGAUGCUGUUGGAUUCUGACCUCCCUGCACUCGAAGUGGAUUUUCUGAAGCUACAGAAGCCCAAUUGGCGCGUUUUUAACGGCGUUGGAAAGUAGACAUCCUGGGCUUUCCAGCAAUGUAUAAUAGUCCAUACUUUGCCCGAGAUUUGAUGGCCCAAACCGGCGUUGCAAAUCAGCUUCAGAAUUCCCAGCGUUUAACGCUGGAACUGGCAUAAAAAUUGGAGUUAAACGCCCAAACUGGCAUAAAAGCUGGCGUUUAACUCCAGGAAGAGUCUCUACACGAAAAUGCUUCAAUGCUCAGCCCAAGCACACACCAAGUGGGCCCGGAAGUGGAUUUUUCUGUCAUUUACUCAUUUCUGUAAACCCUAGAUUACUAGUUCUCUAUUAAUAGGAUCUCUUGACAUUGUAUCUGUACCUCAUGACACUUUACACGUUUCUCAUUGUAUCUUCUACAGCAUGAGUCUCUAAACCCCAUGGUUGGGGGUGAGGAGCUCUGCUGUGUCUUGAUGGAUUAAUGCAAUUACUACUGUUUUUCAUUCAAUCAUGCUUGCUCCCAUUCUAAGAAAUCACUUGUUCUUAAACCUGAUGAAUGUGAUGAUCCGUGACACUCAUCAUCAUUCUCAACUAUGAACGUGUGCCUGACAACCACCUCCGUUCUACCUUAGAUUGAGUAGAUAUCUCUUGGAUUCCUUAAUCAGAAUCUUCGUGGUAUAAGCUAGAAUUGAUGGCGGCAUUCAAGAGAAUCCGGAAGGUCUAAACCUUGUCUGUGGUAUUCUGAGUAGGAUUCAAGGAUUGAAUGAUUGUGACGAGCUUCAAACUCCUGAGGGCUGGGCGUUAGUGACAGACGCAAAAGAAUCACUGG